AAGAUUUGGAAAAUCCUAUUAAUAGUAUAGUCUGCCUAUUUUCAGAGCAAAAAAUAAUAAUAAUAAAGUAAAAUAGUUUCUCUCAAUGACCGAUAUCCCUCAAAUGGGAAAACUUGUCAACAAUUUCCAACAUUCCCUUGAAGGAAAUAAAAGAAAGAAAGAGAAAGAAACAAAACGAUUCCUAGGAAAAUCUGCGAGCUUGUUUCAUUUAUUUGUACCCUGAACAGCAGUGUCAUAGAACUGACAGGUUGCUUCAGCCAACCAGACUGGAGCAGCUGCGUGUGCUACAUCUUGGCAGUCGGAAGCGAUUGGCUCCUCUCUGGGGAGUGGAGGGUGUUCAGUUAUUAAUGACCGCUGAGCAGGCAGCACCAUGUCAGUGUGACAACUGAUCUGGUGAACGAUGCACCACUAACCACCAUGGAAACAAGGAGAAAGAAAGCCAGCUCGGACUACCUCUCUUCACUGGAUUGAGAGUCUCAGCCUGCCGACCGAGAGAGUUCUGGGGGAAAGAAGGCACCCUGCUGCAGCCUCCUGCUUCCUGAAUGGUUUAGAAUCCACACAUCAGGCAAUGUGCAUGUGUACACAUCUCCAGUACAUAUUUGUGUAUACUUUAUUACACACACGCACACACACACGUACCGACUUACUUCCAGGCAAGGAGACAGCCAUGUGAUUAUCUCAGCCGGAGGGACUGAGGAAUUCAGCACGCAGGGACCUCGGAGGUAGUCCAGCACUGAAACUGCUUUUGCAAGCAUUAUGCUGCUAUUCCCCCAAGAACUGAACCAACAUGGAAUUUGAAUGGUAUACUCCUAAAUAAAUGAAUUACUCAAUAUCCUAUGACCAUCUAUACACAUUCCAUCCUCAAACAAUACAUCAGUGUUCUAUCAUUAAGGAGAUAACAACCUUCUUUUCUCCACUAUGCAUGACUCUUCUCAGCAAUGCAGUUGUGGCACACCUACUUAUUUCCAUGAAGCAAGUCUCUGCAGUUCAAUGGCAUUCAUCAUUUGACAAGUAUUUUCUUUAUCAAGGAGUACCUACCGAACUUACUGGAAGCAACUGUGAAAUCAUCUUGGUCCCAUUACAUUUCUGAGGAAGAAAGCUAAGAUGAAGGACAUGCCACUCCGAAUUCAUGUGCUGCUUGGCCUAGCUAUCACGACCCUGGUACAAGCUGUAGAUAAAAAAGUGGACUGCCCACAAUUAUGUACAUGUGAAGUCAGGCCUUGGUUUACCCCCAGAUCUGUUUACAUGGAAGCAUCUACAGUGGACUGUAAUGAUAUAGGUCUCUUAAAUUUCCCUGCUAGAUUGCCUGCUGAUACACAGGUUCUGCUCCUACAGACGAACAAUAUUGCAAAGAUUGAGUAUUCCAUAGAAUUUCCAGUUAAUCUUACUGGCCUGGAUUUAUCUCAAAACAAUUUAUCUUCAGUCACCAACAUUAAUGUAAAAAAGAUGUCUCAGCUUCUUUCUGUGUACCUAGAGGAAAACAAACUUACUGAGCUGCCUGAAAAAUGUCUAGCUGGACUGAGUAACUUACAAGAACUCUAUAUUAAUCACAACUUGCUUUCUACGAUUUCACCUGGAGCUUUUAUUGGCCUACAUAAUCUUCUUCGACUUCAUCUCAAUUCAAAUAGACUGCAGAUGAUCAACAGUAAGUGGUUUGAUGCUCUUCCGAAUCUAGAGAUUUUGAUGAUUGGGGAAAAUCCAAUCAUCAGAAUCAAAGACAUGAACUUUAAGCCUCUUAUCAAUCUUCGCAGCCUGGUUGUAGCUGGUGUAAACCUCACAGAAAUACCUGAUAAUGCCUUGGUUGGACUUGAAAACUUGGAAAGCAUCUCAUUUUAUGACAACAGGCUUAUUAGAGUGCCCCAUGUUGCUCUUCAAAAAGUGGUAAACCUCAAAUUUUUGGAUCUAAAUAAAAAUCCAAUUCACAGAAUACGAAGGGGUGAUUUUAGCAACAUGCUUCACUUAAAAGAAUUGGGGAUAAAUAAUAUGCCCGAGUUGAUAUCCAUCGACAGUCUUGCUGUGGAUAACUUGCCUGAUUUAAGAAAAAUAGAAGCUACAAAUAACCCUAGAUUGUCUUAUAUUCACCCAAAUGCGUUUUUCAGACUCCCCAAGCUAGAAUCACUCAUGCUGAACAGCAAUGCCCUCAGUGCCCUGUAUCAUGGUACUAUCGAGUCUCUGCCAAAUCUCAAGGAAAUUAGCAUACAUAGCAAUCCCAUCAGGUGUGACUGUGUCAUCCGCUGGAUUAAUAUGAACAAAACCAACAUUCGGUUUAUGGAGCCAGACUCGCUGUUCUGCGUGGACCCACCUGAAUUCCAAGGCCAGAAUGUUCGGCAAGUGCACUUCAGAGACAUGAUGGAAAUUUGCCUCCCUCUUAUAGCUCCUGAGAGCUUUCCUUCUAACUUGGAUGUAGAAGUUGAUGGCUACAUCUCCCUCCACUGUAGAGCCACUGCAGAGCCACAGCCUGAAAUCUACUGGAUAACACCUUCCGGUCAAAAACUCUUGCCCAAUACUCUGACAGAGAGGUUCUAUGUUCAUUCAGAAGGCACUCUGGAUAUAAGUGGCAUCACUCCAAAAGAAGGGGGAUUAUAUACUUGCAUAGCAACCAAUCUAGUUGGUGCUGACUUAAAAUCUAUUAUGAUCAAAGUGGAUGGUUCUUUUCCCCAGGAGAGCAAUGGAUCUUUAAAUAUUAAAAUAAGAGAUAUUCAGGCCAAUUCAGUUCUAGUGUCUUGGAAAACAAGCUCUAAAAUUCUCAAAUCCAGUGUCACAUGGACAGCCUUUAUCAAGACGGAAGAUUCUCGUGCUGCCCUAAGUGCUCGAAUACCCUCUGAUGUCAAAGUAUAUAAUCUAUCUCAUCUGAACCCAGCUACUGAGUAUAAAAUUUGUAUUGAUGUUCCCACCGUCUAUCAGAAAAAUAGAAGACAAUGUGUAAACGUUACCACAAAAGGCCUGGACCCUGAUGGAAAAGUGUAUGAAAAGAGGAUUACCACUACACUUAUGGCCUGCCUUGGAGGACUUCUAGGGAUUAUUGGUGUGAUGUGUCUUUUCAGCUGCUUCUGUCAAGAAAUGAACUGUGAAGGUGAACAUAUCUACGUAAAGAAUUACUUGCACAAACCAACCCUUGGGUUCACUGAGCUUUAUCCUCCUCUGAUAAACCUCUGGGAAGCAGGCAAAGAGAAAAGUACAUCUUUGGAAGUGAAAGCAACUGCCAUAGGUGUGCCAACAAAUAUGUCCUAAAAACAACCAACUAAACCUACUUCAAAGAAAAACUCAAGACUGCAGCUGUGAUUUAAAAGAUAAUAGGCAGAGAAAUAUUAAUUUCUAGACCAGGUGGUUAAAUUUCACCAGUGCUGCUCUGGCCAAUGGAAAUAUGUACAAGUUCAGCAAUUUAAUUAACUGGCUUCGAAGGGUACUAUGGCAACCAAAUGAAAUAAUUCCAUUUUCUAGGACUUUCAUGUAACUUUUAUGUCUGGACUCCAGUUAAAGUGAACAAAAACAUUUCUGUAUUUUUUUUAAGUAUAUAAAGGUAGUUGAACUGAGCAAUACCUCUCCUGUGUUGUAUUACACACAUUAGCCACGAGUUUUUGCAGUGACCAGAUAAACUUGAAUUGACACGUGGUGUAAUAAAAAGGACAAAUUCUGUAGAGUAGACACAGUGAGUAUGUGGACCUUUUUUAUAAGGAAAAAUACAUUUUGGAUUAAAAUCAA